UGAAUGAACAAAAGAACCCCCCAAAACCACAAAAACCAGAGAAAAAAAUUCAUAGAAAAGUCUUUAUUCUUCUUCGGCGGCUUCCCUACAGCGAGAAAAAUCUCACCUUUCAGACGAUUUACUGGUCAACACGCUUUCAGACGCGUAGAUUCAAUUUCAUCUUGGUUGAUCUGCUAAGGUAACGGGUAGUUUUCAGGCGGAAACGGUCUGGACAGUUGUUUUGAGAUUUUCGUCUUGGUUUUCUGGAAAAGAAGAAGCGUUCUUGAUUCCGCGGAUCUGAUUUCAGCUGGUUUGAACUGGGUUUUUGAUUGAGUUUGCCUUUGAGUUUUUUGAUCUUUUGAAGGGUCAGAAAACUUGGCCAUUUUGGUUUGAUAGAGCAUCCAAUCCAUCUUUGUAUCUCUAGUUAGUUUUCAUCUGCAAAUAUCGAGGGAAAGACACAAAGAAUUUGAGAAGAUAAUCAUAUUGAAAAUCCUCGGCUUGCUUUGGUGGGAUAAAAGGAAAAUUCUGGUUGAAUUGAUGUUUCAUGGUCAUUUGUUGAUUAGUUUCUGAGCCUCGCCUUUUGAGAUUUCUUUCGUACUUUCUCCAUUUUAUUUAUUUCACUUUUCGUUAGAAAUUGAGGGACGUAUACAUCAAGUUCUGUUCUUUGCUCGUCAAUUUAUCCAUCGAUGAGAUGAAAAGAAUAAUAUGCGUCUGGGGCGCCGAUUUGGGAACAGAUGGGUGUGACACGAGUCGGUUGUGUUAUGAUACAUAUAAUUCUUCUUUUCACUUUGGCUUCGGGAAGUUCGGAAGAGAACAAGAGAACAAGGAAUUUCAUUUUUGGCGAUGGAGUUGUUGGUCCAGCUUCUCGAGAGAGAGACGAAGAAGUGGCGGAGCAGUUGUGGAUAAAAUGCAGGUCAGAUUUGAUGCACGGGAAAGAAGCUGAUGAAAAUUUCAACUUAUUUCAUCUAGAGGAAAGGGCCAGGGGCUCUUCUGAGGUCAAUUCAGAAGUAUGGUCACCAGCAAAUGGAAGACUACACAAAGCAGUUAAUGUGCUGCCUCCCCGAACAAAGCAAACUCUUUUGGGUUGUUUAAGAACUCAAAAUCAUCUUUCUCGCAUUUCUGGAGAUGCAAGGGGCUCUAGGAAUUGGUACAAAAAACAUCUUGGUUCUCUUUUUAGUUGGCCUAAAUCUUCACAACAUAGGAAUAAUGGGGAAUCUCUUAGACUCCAUAAGGGUAAUGAGGUACUUCAACACAUAGCAGUAACACCUGCCUUUAACCCUGCUGCUGCCCCUGGCCCUGCAGUUGAAUCACCUGUCUACAGUCCAGCACCAUCUUCUGAUCCAGCCCCUGCCAGCUAUCAGGCUCCUGAUCCUCAGUCCCCACUCGAACGUCCAACACAGCCAUUUUUCCCACCAAGUUCGGCAGAUUCAAGUCCGCAGCCUCCAACUACUGGCCAUUCUUCUGUGAGUCCAGAUUUGGCACCACAACUACCAUCACAAAACCAUAGUAGCCAGAAAGCUGUUGUUAUUGCUGUUACUGUAACUGCUGUGGGGACGUUGAUUUUUGCUGCAAUGCUCUUUUUAUGCUAUCGUAAAUAUCAUAAAAAUAAUGGUGGCUCUGGAGAUGGACAAAAAGAUGACAGGCCCCUGCUUUCCUCCUUAAGUUUAUGUGAUUUAUCUGCUGGUUCGUCAAAGAAGUCUUUUGCUUCAGGAAAUUCAAUGAAUAAAGAGAAGAGUGGAAAUCAAUCUUUUAGUACGAAUACCCACAAAGGAAGGGUUCCAUCUGUGCACAGCAAUUUGCCCGUGGAGGCUGAUAUUUAUAAUUCCUCAGUAGCAGAAGUUCCUUCAUCAGGAACAGUUGCAAAUGCUUCCAUAUCUGGUCCUACAAGCAACAUUCAAGUGGCAAUUCAAUCUCCUCCUUUGAAGCCUCCCCCUGGCAGGGCUGCUCCACCCCCUCCUGCUCCACCACCUAUGCCACCUGCUAUGAAGCCUGCACCUCCCCCUCCUGCUCCACCACCCAUGCCACCUGCUAUGAAGCCUGGACCUCCAAAGGGCGUUUUCCCUCCUCCCCGGCUACCACCACAAGCACCCAUUGGCCCUAAGUUGACUAAACCUUCAGCCCCCAAACCUAAUCAUCCGGAAAAUGCAGCUUCUAAUGGAGAAGCCCCCAAAACCAAGCUAAAGCCCUUCUUUUGGGAUAAGGUUCUUGCAAACCCUGAUCAUUCAAUGGUCUGGGAUCAGCUUAAAUCAGGGUCCUUCCAGUUCAACGAAGAGAUGAUAGAAACUCUAUUUGGGUACAAUGCUGCUGCUGAUAAAAAAAAUGAGCGCAACAAAGCAUCAUCAUCUCUUGAUCCUUCUCCCCAGUACAUUCAGAUUAUUGAUUCUAAGAAGGCACAAAACUUGGCUAUUCUGCUGCGGGCAUUGAAUGUGACCUCAGAGGAAGUCCGUGAUGCUCUUCUGGAAGGAAAUGAGCUUCCAGCAGAGUUCCUCCAAACUUUGUUGAAGAUGGCGCCCACAGUAGAUGAGGAACUGAAGCUUAGGCUAUUCAAUGGUGAUCUUUCCCAACUUGGGCCUGCAGAGCGGUUCCUAAAAUUGUUGAUUGAUAUCCCUUUUGCUUUUAAACGCAUGGAUGCUUUGUUUCUCAUGGUUUCACUGCAAGAGGAAGCCUCCACUGUUAAAGAUUCUCUUGCAACUCUAGAGGUAGCUUGCAAGGAACUGAAAAGCAGUCGGCUGUUCCUGAAACUCCUAGAAGCUGUUCUAAAAACUGGCAAUCGGAUGAAUGAUGGUACCUACCGUGGUGGUGCACAGGCAUUCAAGCUCGACACACUCUUGAAACUGUCUGAUGUUAAAGGAGUUGAUGGCAAGACCACGCUCUUGCACUUUGUUGUACAGGAGAUAAUCCGCUCUGAAGGUGUACGGGCCGCCCGUGCGGCCAAGGAGAACCAGAGCAUGUCCAGUGUGAAAUCAGAUGAACUUCUUGAGGAUUGUACCAAUGAAACAGAAGACAUCUAUCGUAGCCGUGGUCUCCAGGCUGUUUCAGGUUUGAGCAGUGAGUUACAAAAUGUCAGGACGGCAGCAGGAUUGGAUGCUAAUAUCUUGGCAGGAACACUGGGUAAGCUUGGCCAGUCAUUGAUGAGGGCAAAAGACUUUCUGUGCAAUGAAAUGACGAGUGUGGAGGACAAUGGGUUCCACAGUACACUCAAGAGUUUUGUAGAGCAUGCAGAAAUUGACAUCACAUGGAUGCUGAAGGAAGAGAAGAGGAUCAUGGCCCUCGUAAAGAGCACAGCCGAUUACUUCCAUGGGGAUGCAGGGAAGGACGAGGGCUUGCGUUUAUUUGUGAUUGUUCGGGAUUUCUUGAUAAUUUUGGAUAAAGUAUGCAGAGAGGUGGGGGAAGCACAAAAGAAGCGAACAAAAAUGCCCAGAAACAAGGAAACCCUUGCUGUGCCAUCUUCUCCAGAUUCUCGUCAGCCAUCAUCUCCAGACAUACGUCAGAAGCUUUUUCCGGCAAUCAAGGAACUACGGGUGGAUGAUCAGAGUUCAGAUGACGAGAGCUCAUCUCCUUAGUUUUCAUUGGUACAAGGAGGCCCUGAAAGCCCAUUGAAGGUUCUAUCAAGUGCUGAACAGAUCAUGUGCCCAUUUCAAAUUCUGGCUUACUGAAACUUGUGAAGCUCUGGGUUUCGUCCUUGAUUCUUUUAUAGCUGAUGAGAAUUAAUUCUUUCAAAGAUCAGUCUCAGUGUAAUUAGCAAUGGCAUCUAUGAUCCACUCAGACAUUCAAAAGUUGGUGAAACAAUCAGUACAUACACACCCACCUGAAACUAACAUUGUCGUAGUCAUCACCACCACUGCUGGAUGAAGUAUAUGAAA